AUGGGCAUACGCAGCGGAUCCGGCACCGGACAGGUGUCGGGUUACUCGCUGGAAUUUGAGCAAAAUAAUAUCUACAAUAGUAUAGACACAGAAGUGUUCCCUCCACCGGUCUUCGGCGGGCACAACAGCUGCUCGUACCACAUAGAAAGCUCCUCCAUAGGGUACCGGAGUCGAGAGCCGAUAAUGACGAAGUCGGGAGCGAGCAACGGGCCCUUCCGGGGUAAACCACGCUUGAUUUGGCAGCCCGGGCCGCCAUAUGGACAGCGGCCGGGCGGUGCUUAUCGCGGCCCGUGGCCAGAGAUAGCCGCAUCCGCGCUUGGUGACACCAUGCGCGCCGGUUUCGGGAAACGGAACCGCAAAACGCGUUCCCAUGAGCGCCCUUACCAUGAUCAU